AUGAUACAAUUAACUCUACGAACAGAUGCUAUUGAAGGACUCUGUGCUGCUAUCUCCUACUUCAUAGAUGCAAUGGCUGUAUUCAAAGAGAUUAAUAUGUGCUUCCUCUUUGAAAAGGCUCCUGCAAACCAGGCUAUUCACAUUUUUGCAGCCACCACUGGCAUUGACCCAAGCGGCGGCACUGCCUCUUUCCUCAUUGACUCACCAUUCAUUGACAUUGUCAACACGCCAGAUCCGGCUCGAAGAGGAGAUAAUUCGUCAAUCUUAUUAUCUGUCUAUUCCUCUACCUUGGUUCCUCUUAAAACUCUGUUGGAGCAUCACGGGGAGUACCCUCUAGUGAUAGAGUUUAAUGUUGUUGACGGUACCAGCUAUGCCGUUUUCUUGAGGUACCUCUCGUUAAUGAAGUUCAAGCAAGCGUUUGACAGUAUGUAUGUUUCCUCUCAGAUCCAUCUGAGUCUGAUCAGCGUUACAUAUGGACUUACGCCUCUACAAUAUUUAGUAGCUAUUACAUCUAUUUUUCAAUCUACUUACCCAAUUAGAUUGCACGCACAAAAAAAUGGUGGGCAGAAUCCGCUGGCAAGCGCUCUUACAAUUCGGCUUUUAAUGAAUAGUUGCUGUAGUCUAGUCUAUGGAUUGCCAGCAUUUUAUCCUAGAGUGCAUUUACCCAUCUUUUCCGUUGACGCAUCUGACGCAAGUUCAUUCCUGCGUCUUUUACGCAAAUCUAGUGGCCAUUCUGAUGGAAAUCACCUUUCACUAUCAACAAGCAUUUGUAGGACAGCAGAGGCAGAGUUUGAGCAGCUUCAAACGUCCAUCAAAGACAAGGUACCAGAGGUGCUUGAUUUACUACAUUGUCCGCAUACAUCUCAUGCACAACAACUGGCUGGCCUUGUUUGGGGUACACUCAAUACAUCCCUUCUGACUCUUAUGCAUUGCCCCAAGCUCCUUGUCCAGCUGGGAGGUGCCACAACCAAGGCGAUGCUGAAUGCAGUCACCACUCAGACCAAGCCAAUGCUUCAAGCGUCAGUGGAUGUGGACCAGAUUGCAUCGUGCAUUGCAGCAGCUCAGGGCCCUGAAGAAUGCUACUGUGCAUCCGAUCUUUUCACAUACUUUCAGUCUUCGCUUAAGUAUGCAUCUGCGUGCAUGUAUCUUCAAGGAGAAACAGCGCUGCGGUCGUUUCUUGAUCUACAAACGCAGUACCCAUCCAUCUCCUAUGAAGUAGUAUUGAGUGCUUCUAGCCAGGAGGUCCUGGCCAGAGAUCUUCAAAGCACAACUGGGGUCUUUGCAUCAUCUCUACCUGGAGUAGAGCUUCAUGUAAUGCGGCGCCUGGGACCACAAACAUAUGCAGUGGUGACAACCAAAGACCUUGUCAAUCAGUUUUUUUUCGCUUUUUCUGGUGCUUUCUUCCCCUCGUCACCUCCCACACAAAAGGAUAAAGCGACGAUGGACUAUAAGCAAGGGUACGAUAAUUAUACAGUUCCAUCUCUGAGUAUGCAAUGCACGUCCAGUGGCAGCGGUGGACAGCAGAUUAGACUUAAUGUCAAUCCGCAGCCGAUUAACUAUGUACACUCGCAAUCUCCUGUGGUUACCAGUAUAGAGCUGCAGCGGACCAAAAAUACUCCACAGGUAAAAGAGACUUCACCAACCAGCAUGUUUGGUGUCAGGACUCCACCUACCCCAAAGGAUGGUUCACCCAUCCUUGACGACGGUUCUGUCAAACUAGUGGACCAAACACCAAUCUACCUAUCGCAGCAAAGCCCCAGUUCUAAGGAUAUUUGUCUAGAUGCCUCUGGGAGUAUAGUUGCCACAUGCUUGAACAGUGUUGCCCAAGUAUCAUUAGGGAAAACUGCGGAUGAUGGUAAUAGUAUGACCCCUUUUCAAUCUACCCUCCUUACCAGAGACAAGUCAUUGCCCUCAACCAAUCAACAAGCAGGUUCUGUUGUAUCGACCCACCUAUCAGAUUGUCAAUCCGAACAUAAUCUUAUUUCCUAUAUUCUAGGGACGGACAGCGACAGUGGCAUUAGUGGGGAUAUUGAGUUCAUAAUGGAUGCACUGUUGUAG